AUGGCCCAAUAUGGCAAUAUCCCUUUUAUCCGUCUCAAUUCCCAAAUCACAACCCAAUUUACCUCGUUCUAUUUUCUCUACAUACAAAAAAAACCCUUGUCUGCCUCUUCGUUCGCCACCGUCGAUGAACUUCAGCUGUUCGCCGCCACCUCCUCGCCGGUCAUCAGGUGGUCGUCGGCUCGCCGCCGCCUCGCCGGUCAUCAGAUGUCAAAAACGGAUGACUAUAUCGAAGUGGAAGACGAGACGAUUGAAGUUGACAACCCAACCAAUGAUCAAGUUCCACAAGAAAAAGAGAAAAAAACUAACGAAUUCAACCCAAGAUUGAAAGUUUGGAAUGAAUUUGAAAGGUAUAAGGAUGAAAAGGGUGUUCAAAGAUGCAAAUGUAAGCAUUGUGGUGGUGGGAAUUAUAAGUGUGAAUCGGGUGGUUAUGGGACCAAAAAUCUAGGUUAUCAUUUAAAUAAAUGUAAAGUUUACUUGGCUAAACUUCAUGGUGGGCAAAAACAAGUAACUUUCCAAUAUGGUGAUGAAAACAAAUUGUCAGCUUGGAAAUUUGAUCAAAAUGAGAGUCGGAAAGCUCUAGCCCACAUGUUGGUAGUUGAUGAACUUCCUUUUAGCUUUGUAGAAGGUGCGGGCUUUAGGUAUUACAAUAGUGUUAAUCAACCAUUGUUUAAAGUUCCAUGUAGAAGUACAAGCACAACGGAUGUCUACCAAUUGUUUGUAGAGGAAAAAGAAAAAAUUCGUGACUUUAUUAAAAAAAAUGUUGGUAGAAUAUGUUUGACCACUGAUACGUGGACUUCUAAACAACAAUCAUGUUAUAUGUGUCUCACCGCCCACUUUAUUGAUAACGAAUGGAAAUUAAAAGAAAAAGUGUUGUGUUUUUCUUCUCAAGAGAGUCACCAUGGGGUUGAUAUUGGGAAAAUGGUUGAGAAAUGA